AUGGGUAAAUCAAAAUACGAUGAAGCGAUCUCGACCUCGACGUCUCAGUCAUCCAAAGAUUUGGAAAAGUUGGAAAAGAAAUUGAAGAAAGCUGAAGAGAAGAUGAAGAAAGCCGAGGAGAAGAUGAGAAUUGCCAAAGAGGAAUAUGAAAAGGCCCAGGCUCAGACGCUUGCGCAGAGGCAAGCACAGGAGAAAUCUUCCACUAAGAAUGAAAAGAAAGAGAAGAAGGAUAAGAAGAGGAAGAGGGAUACAGAUGAAGUAGAGCAAGAGCAAGAGCCACAGGCAGAGCAGCAAUCAGUUGAGGUUGAACAAGUAGAUGAAACGAGCAAAAUAGUGGAACUGCAGCAAGAUGGUGAUGGUGAAAGAAUCGAGAAGAAAUCGAAGAGAGAGAAAAAGGAUAAGAAAGAUAAGAAGAAGAAAACGAAACUUGAGAAAGCUCUAGAAGCUGAAGCGACAGCGGAGAAAAACAGCAGUGAUCAUGCCAAGAUUGCUAAGAAGAAUAUCUACUACGCUCAUCUCUAUUCCAUAUCUCGUCAACCUGGUGUAGAAGGAGAACUAGAAGGGGUAAAUUGGAAAUUCAGUAAAGCCAAACAGAACUGGUUGAUAAGAAAUAUCUUCUCUGCCGAUGAAAUACCCGAUAAAUACGUUGAACUGGUUCUCAAUUACUUGAAAACGAUUCAAGGUCUAUCAAAAACCAAUGUGAUCGAGUCCGCCAACAAAAUCAUCAAUCCCCCUGCUGCCCCUCCUGCUGAUGCUAACCCAGCUGAAGUUGGAGUUGAAGGCGAAGGGCAAGUCAAGGAAAAUCAAGAAACGACACAAGAACAAGAAAAGGAGCAGAAAGACACCGAACAAGCUGAACAAGUUGUUUUACCUUUACCUGAUACUGAGAAAGCCCAGUCUGAGCAAAUCAAAGAAAACCUACAGAAAGAAAGAGCAAAGAGGUUAUUAUCUAUAAUGCAAUAA